AUGCGCUCAUUCACGGCACGCGCCACGUACACUUGCGACGGACACAAGAAGCUCCGGCACAAUCGCAAGUGGCUGGACGGCUUCCUGAACAUCUCGGAGACCACCGUCGCGCUCCUGAAUGAGGACAGGUCGUCCGUGCUGGGAUCAUGUCGCCCGGAUGGUCCCACUCGAGCCUCCCUGCUAGAGGGGGAGGAGGUGCUGCUGGUCAACCCCAGCAUUCUCGUGGUCAUGGACACCAUCGCUGCUGCUCAACGAACGGUGACCUUGCCGGAUGUUUGGCCCAGUGCCGCAGCCUACAUGGAAAGCAUGGCCUUGGCCGUCAGGGAGGAGGUUUCCCUCAGGGUAGUGGAGGUGCUGCGCAACUUCCAUGCGGCCAUCGCCGCAGCUCCGCAGGACAGCGCUGCCCCACCGUCGAGCUUGCGCAUGCAUGGGCUGCGGUAUUACUCGCCCUGCGACCUCAUCAGCUGGGCACCCAAGGCGUCUUCGCAAGAGAUGCAUCGCAGGGGCAAGCUGCAGCGGGCCUGCGCCGACGGGGGCUCUGACCUACCCUCGGAGAGGAUGGCCGGGGCUUCCAUCUGCCUGGUGCUGCCCAAGCAGCGUGGCCCUUCCUCCGAGUACCGGCGGGACGACAUCUGGAUCCUGAGCAACGACGCCUGGCUGGGCAGCAGGGCCGAGAGGGCUGGCAGGCCCAUGGACCGCCUGCAUGCGCCCUGGGUCGCUCUGGCCCGGAGCCUGUGGCAUGGUCCCAACCAGGAGGGCAGGCUGGCGAUCGAGUUCCUGACGGAUGCGGCCCCCCGCCUGGGUCGCCAGCAGACCGUCACAGCCCUGAAGGGCCCCGAGUGCAGCUCGGAGCUGGGCAUGCUGAGCAUGCUGUGCUCUCCCCCAGCCCACUCCCUGCCCCUGCUCGCCCCUCUCAUGAGCCCACCCCAUUGCAUCGUGGGGCCCUCCGAUCCAGACGCAGAUGGGGCCCAGGGCCAGGCCGGACUGAAUGCCGAGCAGCUCAAGGUGCUGCGUGUGGCGCCUGCCCCCAUCUGUCUGGUGCAUGGACCCUUUGGGUCGGGCAAGUCCACCCUGCUGGUCACCCUGCUGCGCUUUCUUCUGCGCGCCCGAACCGUGGCCGGGAGCCCCCUGGAGGGGGCACGCAUUCUGGUGUCCAGUGGCACCAACGUUGCGGUGGACCGGGUGCUGAUGGGCGCUGAGCGCACCCGGCGUCACAUGCUGUCCACCGUCCCCAUCGUGGGGGUCACCUGUUACUCCUCCAUGCUGCCUGUCCUGGAUGGACAGGUCUUUGCCGUGACCAUCCUGGACGAGUGCAGCCAGCUGGUGGAGCCGCUGUCCCUGUCACCCAUCAUCCGCGCCCAGUCGAGGUACCUGAUCGCGGUAGGCGACCCAUUGCAGCUUCCCCCCAUUGUCGCGACGCCCACGGCAGUCGCACCGGCCGGCGGCGAGGCCGGCCCCGCCUUGCAGGCCGGUGCAAGGCCCACAGCUCGCCAUGGCCUGGCGCGGCCCAUGUUUGUGAGGCUGGCGGCGGCUGGGCACCCAGUCCACCUCCUGCGCCGCCAAUACCGCUGCCACCCAGUCAUCUCCCAGAUUCCCAACCGCUGCUUCUACGGUGGGCAGCUGCUGGAUGGGUGCAGCGCUUCCCAGCGCGGCCCCGUCCUUCCCGGCCUCCCCCCUCGCCUGUGGAUCGACCCGCGGGGCGGCGAGAGCGGGGGCGAGCGGGGGGCCCGCAGCGUGACCAACCGCCGCGAGGCCGACGUCAUAUGCAGCAUGGUGCAGCAGCUGCUGGGACAUGGGGUGCCGCCCUCUGCCAUCGGCAUCAUCUGCUUCUUCAGGGCGCAGGUGGCGCUGCUGCAGGGCCUGCUGAACCCCCAGCCUCCAAUGAAUGUGACUCCCGAGGCGGGGCAGGGCGUUGCACACGGCCCCUGCACCGUCAGCGAGGCGCCCCAGGGACCCCUUGCAGAGCAGGCGGGGGUGCAGGUGGCGACGGUGGAUGCUUUCCAGGGAGGGGAGCGGGACGUCAUCAUCCUGAGCACGUGCGUCACCCGGCCCUCCCACUUCGUGGGCGACCCGCAGCGGCUGUGCGUCGCCCUGACGCGUGCCAGGUGCCACCUCUUCCUGUCGGCUCCAGCCUUCCAGGCCCUGCUGGCCUCCUGCCACAGCCUGCCCGGCUGCUUCAGCACCACGGACCGCUUGCCCAUCAUGGAGGGGAGGCUUGCGGCUUGA